CAGCUCUCUUGACCAUCACCAAUACCAUCGCCUCUAGCACCUGGUACCUAUCACCAUUUACACAAUAGCCAGAAUCUCGCCAUUGCGGACUUGCAACAGCCAAGAUGAACCAUCCCCAAUUCCGUCCCAAGUUGGCCUUCACCAACAAGCCACUAAACUUCCUACCCAAGGCCAAGACCUCUGCCAUGUUUAAGGAUGCCUUUAAACUCCGCACCAUCAUCCUCAUCGGAGCCAUCAUCCAGAUUCCUCUCUGCGCCAUCUUGCCCAUUCGCUAUGCCAUCAUCCCUGCUCUGGCUCUCCUGCUGAGCUCGAUCAUCACGACUAUUUCUCAGGCUCGGAAGCCGGAAUCUAAUAAUUUCAUGAACCACAUUGUCACUGGUCGCUCUAGUGCGCAGGUUCCCUCCACUUCCACGGCAUCCCUCGGCCGUUUCAGCUCACAGCCAGCUGAAGCCCCCAUCGUCGUCUUCAACAUCGGCUCCCAAUUCAACCACCCGCUCGGCAUUCUCGCCCCGGGAGUCAAGGACCUCGGUGAACGCUUCUUAGCCUUGAAGCGGGAUCUAUUAAAUCGCCGCGAGGAAUUCGGUCUCCUAGGUGUAUCGUCGUUCAUCGGCAACGAGCAAGCGAGCAACAACACCAGUAUGCUCACCUGCUUCUUUCGCGACGUCGAGAGUUUGCAUCGCUUUGCGCACGAGCCGAUGCAUCGAGAGGUCGUGGGCUGGUUUGACCAGAAGAAAUACCCACACAUUGGCGUCUUCCACGAAACCUUCUGUGUACCGGCUAAAAAUUACGAGACGGUGUACCUCAACUGUCGUCCAGUCUUGCUGGGCCGAGCAGCAGUCCAGAUGUCAAGCCAGAAGGCGGAGCCAGAGUGGGCAAAUUGCCUAGUCAGUGCGGACACACCACUGUUGAAGACACAGUAUUCGAGACUGUCACGCUAUGAGACUGGAAAACCCAAGGAGAAUGAGUGAGUAGAUACGGCUUGGAUGUUGGAUUGCGGUGCUUUUCUCUUUUUUUUGCUGGCGCAUAGGGUUGUCAUUUUAUAGCCAAGGCAAAAGCCCAACAAGGGUGGAUGUUGUAAUGACGUUUGUAUAAAAUCUAGGCGAAUGUGGCGUGUGUUAGGAGCAUCGGUUUUGGUGGUUGUAAUUGGUGCCAGCGCCACCAUACCUACAUAGCAUGCGAGAAGGUAAUUGGAGCUUAAUAUUUGUAUCU